AAAUUCUUCAAAUCAGUUAGCAUAAGCAGUAUCCGGAGGCCUCAUUGUCGGUUGUGUGCGUUCAUUUCAAAAUAUAUAUUUCUUCUUGCGACGACCAUGGAGUCUGGCGAUGCGGGGCGAGGGGGAUGGAGGUCCAGACCAGUGCAGCCACAGAAGCACAAGAUGAACAUGAAUAUUCUCCAUCAAGAAAAACUCAUUGCUCAAAAGAAAAUGGAGAUUGAAGCUAGGAUGGCAGAGCAAGCAAAAAUGAAUGUGCAGACAAAUAGCAGACCUCUGCCUCCAAGUUCCCCCAGUCUGCAGGGAGGCACUUCCAAUAAAUUUGCAAAUGAUGGAAGCUUCUUGCAGCAGUUCAUGAAGAUGCAGAAGGACAAAGACAAUAAUAUAUCUGGUUCAGCCAGUGAUACCAGGACUCCCUCCACCUCAUCUCCUUUUCCAGGUGGAAACACGUUACAGAAAAAGAGCAUUUUUGUUGGACAGCGGCCUAGCCUUGGAGUUAGCAAAAUGCUUAGUCAGUUUAAGAACUACUCACAGUCCAAGAAGAAUCCUGUUCUCAGCCAAAGGCCAAGUGUAUUUUGUUCUCCAGAUGAUGAAGAUGAGGAAGAGGAGACUGAUUACUCCAAAUUCUUAGAGAUGAAAGUUUCUCCCCCAGAGGAUUCAGACACCAGACUCAUAAUCGACAAGAUGGCCUCUUUCGUGGCGGAAGGAGGACCUGAACUGGAGAAGAAGGCCAGGGAGGACUACAAAGAUAAUCCUGUUUUCUCUUUUUUGUGUGAUAAGAGCAGCAUGGAGUAUCUCUACUACAAAAAAAGAGUUGCAGUAUUGAAGAAGAAUUUGCAGAGACCUGAGAACAUAUCAGAUCAUGUCUCCCCCCCAGUGGAUGCGGAAACCCAGCAAAUGGUUGAAAAUCUGGCCAAGUUCGUGGCGGAGGGCGGCCCUGAGGUGGAGGCAAUUGCUAUUGAGCGCAACCAAGACAACCCUGCCUUCAGGUUUUUAUAUGAUAAGCAAAGUCCAGCCCACUCUCUCUACAGAGAGAAACUACAGGAGUAUCGUGCCGCAACCUCUCAGAGCUCUUCAUCUCCAGCAGCAGACUCCAGAACAGAUGCUCAGCGACCAGCUGCUCUUCCAGUGCUGAACAGCUCUUUUGUGCCUCACAGUCAGGAAUCUGAAACACCACCUGUCAAACGGAAGAGAAAAAGUAGAUGGGGGUCUGAAGAUGACAAAGUCCAGUUGCCAGUUCCUCCUAUCGUUAUUCCUCAAGAUGUAACUGCCCAAGAAUCUAACGCACCCGCCCUUUCUGCCCAGGAACUGAGUGGUCUUGGUUACAAGAAGGGGAAGCCUCUUGGUUUGGUUGGAGUGACCGAACUGUCUGAGGACCAGAAGAGACAACUCAAAGAACAACAAGAGAUGCAAGAGAUGUAUGACAUGAUCAUGAAGCACAAGCGUGCAAUGGCAGACAUGCAGAAGUUGUGGGAGAAAGCCAUUAGAGAUCACCAACAUGAAUAUGACAGUGAUGAAGAAGUGGACCAGGACGCAGGCACCUGGGAACACCAGCUGAGAAAGAUGGAAAUGGAAAAGACGCGAGAAUGGGCAGAAUCUCUGACAGAGAUGGGUAAAGGGAAACACUUUAUCGGUGACUUCCUGCCCCCUGAGGAACUGGAGAAGUUCAUGGAGACCUUUAAGGCACUCAAAGAAGGUCGGGACCCGGACUACUCAGAGUACAAAGAGUUUAAGUUGACAGUUGAGAAUCUUGGUUUCCGAAUGCUCAUGAAAAUGGGCUGGAAGGAUGGAGAAGGCCUUGGCAGUGAAGGACAAGGAAUCAAAGCUCCAGUUAACAAGGGAAUUACAGCUAUGAAUGGAGCUGGACUGGGAGUCGACCGUCCAGCUGAGCUUACAAAAAGUGACGAUGAAUAUGAUGCUUUUAGAAAGAGAAUGAUGCUUGCUUACCGCUUCAGGCCAAACCCACUGAAUAAUCCACGGAGACCAUAUUACUGAUAAAGAGGAGUCAUUUCCGUUUAUACUUGUUCUUGUUUAUCAUAACUUAAAAAGUCUCUGCAGCUGCCACUGCUUUGCUUGGGUGUGAAGUUGACACUGUCUGGCUGUAGAAAUUUUGCAGUUUUAAGUCUGUGUGACAGAAGGUGAUGAAGUUUAACAUUAACAUUUUAUGUUUGAUUCAAGAAAUCAACUGCUCUGUUUGUUGCAUUCAGUUUAAUACUGUGACAAGCUGUACAAAGCUCAACAUCACCUGACUUUUACAAUGAUUUCACUCUAGUUAGUGUUAUCAUUUUGUACCCUUACAAACCUUUGCACUCAACUAAAUCUAAUUUCUGUAUUGGUGUACAACCUUCUGUAUGAUUAUUGCAUUGAGUGAGGUCCUCACUGUAUUAUAAUUGCAACUUUCUUUCAAAAUAUGCAGCAUUGUUGACAAUAAAGAAAAACAUAUUGCUGAAA